AUGGCUGUUAGUGAUCCCCUUUUUGAAGCCAAGCUACAGUUUUUUAUCUAUAUGACAAGGCUGCUCAGACCCUUCCUUGAAGGGAAGUCAAAAGAUAAAGAAGCCUCAUAUAAAGAUUGGAAUCCAACUUUAUCUCGUUCACCAUCUACUAAUCAACAAUGGAAUCUUCUUGUUGGAAAUCAAUUUCCUAAAGGAAAAUUCAAAGUGCCUAGAGAUGUAUCACCUACUGCAAAAAUUACUGACAACAGGAAUACUGAUUCUUCAAGAAAUGGCAAUUUUGGCCAAUCAAUAACAAAAAGUUAUCACAAAUCAUCCUGGGGAGGUGAACCAUCAGAAAGAAACCGGCCUGGACUAGCACCAGAUUUUUUUGAAAGACGACGUUAUGAACGGGAGCGUAUCGGUGAACUUGGAGCACCUGAAGUGUGGGGACAAUCACCCCCCAAGCAGUUGGAUAGUUCUGAUGAUGAUGCAAUCCCAGUUACAAAUAAAACAAGCAGUGACAGUCAGAGCAGCAACUCCUCCUCUCAACAUUUUAAAGAAAAGAAAAAGAAAGAAAAGAAAAAAGCCUCUAAGAAGGUAGAUAAAACUAAAAAGAAAUCAAAAAAACAUAAAAAGAAUAAAAUAAAAAAGAAGAAAAAAUCAAAGAGAUCGGAAAGCAUUUCUGAAAGCAAUGAAGAAACAGAAGUUUGGAUUGAAAAAGAUGAGUUAGAAAAGGAGGAAGAACUUGAAGAAGAUCCUGUUGGCCCUACACCAUUUGUACAGCAGACUGAAAUGCAAAGCAAAAUUAAUUAUGGUAAGGCUUUGCUUCCUGGUGAAGGUGCUGCAAUGGCUGCUUACAUUGCUGAGGGGAAGCGAAUUCCUCGUCGAGGAGAAAUUGGUUUGACUAGUGAAGAAAUUCAAGCCUUUGAAGAAGUUGGUUAUGUAAUGAGUGGAAGCAGACAUCGACGUAUGGAGGCUGUUCGAUUGAGAAAAGAAAACCAGAUUUACAGUGCUGAUGAAAAAAGAGCUUUGGCAAAAUUCAAUCAUGAAGAACGAGCAAAACGGGAAACAAAGAUACUUUCUCAAUUUCGAGAAAUGGUGCAUAAGAAGAUUCAAGAAAAGCAAUAG